AUGAAGGCCGCAAGCUCUCUCUGCCUGGGAUUGGUUUUCCUUCUACAGCUGAGUACGGCUCAAGCAAGUUCAGCUGAAACUUCCUCUGGUACGUUCUUUGGAACACAAAAUUAUCCUACGCAACUCGGUUCUUCCAGUGCACGCGAGCAGGCGCCUGUUCUAAUCUCGACUUUCCAGCCGACCACAGAUCGCUUGAACACGCGCAUGGUUUUCACGCAAGUUCUCAACGAUGCAUACAAUGGAGGCACAGAUGGAAUACACAAAGCAACUUUGUUCUCACAAGAGCUCAGCAACAGCGUAGAAUACACUGCUGAGGCGAUGGAGAAGUUUGUGGACAUGGUUCAACCAGUUCAAGGAGUUGCUUCCAUCUGUUACCCAACAACGGCGACAGAAAUACCGGAGAAAUGCAGUAAAGCGUAUGAGUAUGGCGAUACUGUCUACAUUCCUAUUACCCGCUCCAGCGUCGCCCCAACCACAAAUGAGGCGUACUCGGGCGGCUUGUGGAGGGAACCCAGCGAAAAACUCGACAAGGAAUGGUACGAGGCGAUACGCCUUCUGAAGAAACAGGUUCCCAAGCUCAAGACCUUUGCACUGUACACUGGUCCUCCUGACGACAAGCUUCUUCAUUACCUACUAGGCGAACACAGGCUGAUUUUUGAUGGCCUCUUGAUCGACUGGGAAUUUGGUCGCGGAGCAUGUUGGUCAGAGGUGCAGAAAUCACCGCCCAAUAACAACUGGAUGUGGUUCGUAAAAAGCAAAACAAGAUACAUGAUGGCCAAUCAGGAUCCCUCAAGCUGUGUCAACGCUGAUGGAAGCCGGGCCGACAAGGACGUGUUUCUUAAUGCUGGAGACCGCAGUAAGCAGUUCUUUCUCGUACCAGCGGCUGCCCUUCCGAGAAAGGCACCAGCAGCCUUUUUCGUGGGGGUCAGAAACCCCGACGCACUUUUUAGCGUGGUUAGAAGUGACAGACAAAAAAUGCAGUAUCAUUUAUCAACAAAUAUUUGUAUAGAAUUAAAUUCUGUGUGUGACCUUCAAGCUCUCUUCAAACAUUUCCACCGACGAUUUGAUGGACCUCACGUGUAUUUCGACUGUGAAAAAAGUUAG